GUGUGUUACCCAGCGGGUAUGAAAUGUUACAAAACAGACACGAUGACACAUCAUACGAAGAAAAAGAACACAUAAAAAAACCGAGUAAAAUAUCGAUAUGAAAUGGCAUGGGAAGAAAUGAAAUGGAAAACAACAACCAAGCUGUGGUGAAGAGUACCAAACAGGCUUUAGUUCGCUUUUCUAUAUAGUCAAAGUCAUAUUAGAUACACACACGGGGAAAUAAAAAAAAUAAUGAAGAGAGAAUGAAAAAAAUUGUUAAAAAUCUAAAACGUAAUAUGGUCUUCGUGUAGAGUUGCAAAAGAGAGUGAGAGAAUAAAAAAAAAAUUAAAUUUUUGUUGGAUGUGCUAAGAUUUUCGUAUACACAAAAAAAAAUCAUCUAAAGUUCUGCGUGCCGUUUUAUUGUGAGACAAAUUGUAAGAUAAUCAGAGAAAAAAAAAUCACGAAAAUUUUUUUCAAAGUUAAAUUCAAAGUGACGAUCAAGUAAAAUCAGUGAACACCUUGACCAGGAGACUGCCACUCCAUACAUAGCGAAUAAAAAUUUUUAUGUUUUAACUAUGGCAUUGGGUGAAACACAAAAUGGAACAGUUUCAAUGAAACAGACGGAUAAAGUAUCGGCACCAGCAGCGGUUAUAAAUGGAAGCAGUAACAUUGCUGAAAAGAAUCAAAAACUGGCGAAACAGGUGGACGCAAAUACAUCAUUCCUGCGAGCUGCCCGAGCUGGUGAUCUAGGAAAACUUGUUGACUUUUUGGAAAGUGGAGAAGUGACCGAUAUCAAUGCUAGUAAUGCGAACGGUCUGAACGCUCUACAUUUGGCGGCCAAGGAUGGUCACAUUGAGAUCGUUCGAGAACUGCUGAAACGUGGUGCUGGUGUCGACAAUUCAACUAAAAAGGGCAACACUGCUCUACACAUUGCUUCAUUGGCUGGCCAGAAGGAUGUUGUUAAAAUACUAAUACAACACGGUGCUGACGUCAACCUUCAGUCCCAAAAUGGAUUCACACCGUUGUACAUGGCUGCCCAAGAGAAUCAUGACGGUUGCGUUCGAUAUUUACUAUCGAAAGGUGCAAAUCAAUCAUUGGCUACGGAAGAUGGUUUCACACCGUUGGCCGUUGCGAUGCAACAAGGGCAUGACAAAGUGGUGGCUGUUCUGCUUGAAAGUGAUUCGCGGGGAAAAAUUCGUUUGCCAGCUCUCCACAUUGCCGCAAAGAAAGAUGAUGUGAAGGCAGCUUCUCUGUUGCUGGAAAACGAGCACAAUCCGGAUGUGUCAUCCAAAAGUGGUUUCACGCCGUUACACAUUGCAUCCCACUAUGGCAACGUUGACAUCGCUAAUUUAUUGAUUCAAAAGGGGGCAGACGUUAACUUUUCAGCAAAGCACAACAUUACACCGUUGCACGUUGCGUGUAAAUGGGGAAAAACCCAUAUGGUCAGCCUGUUGAUUUCGAAAGGUGCCAAAAUUGACAGCACUACCAGAGAUGGUUUAACUCCUUUGCAUUGUGCAGCUAGGUCAGGUCACGAGCAAGUCAUCGACAUUCUGUCAGAGAAGGAAGCAAACAUUUUGUCAAAGACAAAGAAUGGUUUGGCUCCCUUGCACAUGGCAGCUCAAGGUGACCACGUUGACGCAGCCCGAAUUUUACUUUACCAUAAAGCUCCAGUGGAUGAAGUAACAGUUGACUAUUUGACUGCGUUGCAUGUAGCCGCUCAUUGUGGUCACGUUAAGGUAGCAAAGCUCCUAUUGGAUCGUAAUGCAGAUCCCAAUGCACGAGCACUGAAUGGCUUCACACCGCUACACAUUGCGUGCAAAAAGAACAGGAUAAAGGUCGUUGAACUCUUGCUGAAACAUGGUGCAAGUAAAGGUGCUACAACGGAGAGUGGAUUGACACCGUUACACGUGGCCUCAUUCAUGGGUUGCAUGAACAUCGUAAUUUAUUUGCUGCAACAUGAUGCUAGCCCCGAUGUUCCAACAGUCCGUGGCGAAACUCCGUUGCAUUUAGCCGCCCGUGCUAAUCAAGCCGAUAUAAUUCGCAUUUUGUUGAGAAAUGGUGCCCAGGUCGAUGUCAAAGCACGCGAAGAGCAAACACCGUUACACGUCGCUUCACGACUUGGUAACGUGGACAUUGUGAUGAUGCUGCUGCAACACGGUGCUAAUAUCGAUUCGGUUACGAAAGAUUUGUACACACCGUUGCAUAUAGCUGCUAAGGAAGGUCAAGACGAAGUUGCUGCUGUUCUGAUUGAAAAUGGAGCAUCCUUGGACGCUGCUACAAAGAAAGGAUUCACUCCGCUCCAUUUGGCUGGAAAGUAUGGAAAUAUCAAGGUCGCUGAACUGCUAUUACAGAAAGGUGCUCCAAUCGAUGCGCAAGGAAAGAAUGGUGUUACUCCGCUGCAUGUGGCAAGUCAUUAUGACCACCAGAAAGUCGCCUUGCUAUUGCUGGAAAAAGGUGCUUCUCCUCAUGCAAAUGCCAAAAACGGACACACCCCGUUGCAUAUAGCUGCUAAAAAGAAUCAAAUGGACAUUGCCACCACAUUGCUCGAAUAUGGUGCUCUUCCUGACGCUGAGAGUAAGUCUGGAUUCACGCCUAUCCAUUUAAGCGCACAAGAAGGUCACAUGGAAAUGUCUCAACUGUUGCUCGAACAUAAGGCCAAUCCGGGCUGGGCUGCAAAGAAUGGAUUGACACCGCUGCAUCUGUGUGCUCAAGAAGAUAAGGUUGAAGUGGCAAAAGUUCUACUCAAAAAUGAGGCAGCAAUCGACCCGACAACAAAGGCAGGAUUUACACCGUUGCAUGUUGCUGCUCAUUUCGGGCAAAUUAACAUGGUCCGAUAUUUGCUGGAAAAUGAUGCCGCCGUGGAGAAGAGCACAAACAUCGGUUACACACCGCUACAUCAAGCCGCUCAGCAAGGACACACUUUGAUCAUCAAUUUAUUGCUGAAACAUAAAGCCGAUCCGAAUGCAGUCACAAAUAAUGGCCAAACUGCUCUGAACAUCGCCAACAAAUUGGGUUACAUCACCGUUGUGGAGACAUUAAAGGUGGUCACCGAAACGAAUAUCACUAGCACAUCGACCGGAACACCCGUAGCUGAAGAAAAAUACAAAGUAAUUGCUCCCGAAGCGAUGCAUGAAACAUUUAUGUCUGACUCGGAGGAUGAAGGAGGCGAAAAUGAUGAUUCAAAUGAUGUCGUCGUUGAUUCGAAUGGAAAAUCGAAGCCAGUUUAUAUGACGUACUAUCAGAAUCGUAGUAGCGUUCAGUGCGAAGAUCCAAUCAUGUCCGAUCAACAACAGUACAAGUACAUGACAGUGGACGAUAUUAAAGGUUUGGAUGACAAUAUUCGAUUGGAUACCAGUCACGAUGAUAAGGCAGACAAAGCUGCAGUCAACGAAUACAUCACACAUCUCCAAUCAACAUCGGUGGUCGAUUCGGCAAUGAAUUCCAUGUACAUGCCGAAGGCAGUUGAUAAUGUUGACAUUGUUCGGCAGCCGAUUCACGUUGGUUUGCUAAACACUUUAGACCCACAUCUUGCUAGCUUCGGUGGCCGUAGGAAAACUACGCCAAUGUGCAGGGAAAGAUUUCUGGUAUCGUUUCUGGUCGAUGCUCGUGGAGGUGCAAUGCGAGGUUGUCGUCAUAGUGGUGUUCGUGUCAUCGUACCACCCAGAUCUGCUUCACAACCGACUCGAAUCACAUGUCGGUAUGUAAAGCCACAACGUAUACCGAAUCCACCACCGCUUAUGGAAGGCGAGGCUUUGGUCAGUCGGAUUUUGGAAUUAACUCCGGUCGCAGCAAAAUUCCUUGGACCGGUAAUCCUGGAAGUUCCACAUUUUGCAUCGUUACGUGACAAAGAACGUGAAAUUAUAAUACUGCGAUCGGACAACGGUGAAACGUGGCGCGAACACACUCUCUAUGAUAGUGAGGAGGCAAUUCAGGACGUUCUAAAUGAAAGUUUCGAAGCCGGUGAACUGACUCAAUUGGAAGAUUUGCACACCAAUCGGAUCAUACGAGUAGUUACACAUGAUUUUCCGCACUUCUUCGCAGUCGUCUCACGAAUUCGUCAAGAGGUCCAUGCUAUCGGUCCAGAUGGUGGCACUGUAUCAUCAGUAGCGGUACCAUUAGUGCAAGCCGUUUUCCCAGCAAAUGCUCUAACGAAAAAGAUUCGAGUCGGUCUCCAAGCACAGCCAAUCGAUAGCAACAGUACAGCUAAUCUACUCGGUAGAGGUGUGGCUGUAUCACCAGUUGUUACAGUUGAACCACGUCGACGUAAAUUCCAUAAAGCAAUAACUCUUAGCAUGCCUGCACCAAGAGCCCACACACAGGGCAUGAUAAAUCAGUAUUCGGGCAAUGCUCCGACUUUGAGACUUUUGUGUUCCAUAACUGGUGGUCAAAAUCGUGCUGUUUGGGAAGAUGUUACCGGUUCAACACCGUUAACAUUCGUUAAGGAUUGCGUUUCAUUUACAACGACAGUGUCAGCGAGAUUCUGGUUGAUGGAUUGCCGAAAUAUUACCGAAGCGUGUAAAAUGGCUACCGAGCUGUACACUCACAUGGCCUAUGUUCCUUUUAUGGUUAAAUUUGUCGUGUUUGCUAAGCGGACCGAUGCCAAUGAAGCCAAGCUCAGCGUAUUCUGUAUGACCGACGACAAAGAGGAUAAGACGCUUGAACAACAAGAACAUUUUGUUGAAGUCUCCAAGAGUCGCGAUGUUGAAAUACUAGAGGGUCGCCCAGUGUAUCUUGAAUUUGCGGGAAAUCUUAUUCCCAUUAUGAAAUCGGGCGACCAAUUUCAUUUGCAGUUCAAUGCAUUCAAGGAAAAUCGCCUCACAUUCGUGGUUAAAAUCAAGGAUGGCGAAAAUGUCGGACGAAUCAACUUUAUGAACGAGCCAAAAGUAGCCAAAGGUGAGCCAGCAUUGACUCCGAUUUGUACGUUGAACAUCGUCAUACCGGAUAAAGUGUUCGACGACGAUACAAAUUCGGACUAUGACGCGAGAAGUUUUGACAAAAAUUAUCGCGUCAUGUUGAACGGAGGAUUCAAGGUCAAUGAAAUCCACAAAGCCGAUAUCCGUUUGUCGGACAUCUGCAAUUUGUUGGGAAACGAUUGGGUGAAAUUAGCUGAAGCCUUGGAAGUGCCGAAUGACGACGUUGAGUUGAUAAAAUCGGAAUAUCCCGACAAACCGUCACAUCAGGCAAUGGUUCUGUUGAGAUUGUGGCUUCGUCAGUCUGGGAAACAAGCAACCGGAAAUAAUUUGGAGCAGGCCCUGCAUCGCAUCAACAGAUCCGAUAUCGUUGACAAAUGUAUUUUCAACUUGGAGCUGGUCACCGAUGAAAUGGAAAAGGCCGUUGCUAAGAUGCAACUGGAUCAAUCCGGUUUCGAUAAUUUGAAAGAGGAACUUGGUCCUUCCCGCGACACAUCGUUGAAACGGAAUAGUGAACUCGAUUAUCAGGAUCAUUAUGGCAGCGAUGAUUUGACGAAUGGAAAAGCCGAUCGAAACAAUGACGACAUCGAAGCACUCCAACGUGUUCAGGAUCAAUUCAUUACGCUUGGCAUAUCGUCGACCAAACAUUCAUUGACUGGAAAUGAAACUCCUCCACCCAGUCCAGCAGAGUUUGGUUUGGCCAACGAUCAACGUUCGCCGCUAGAUACCAAUAACAAAAUUCCACCAACUGCCGAAGCUGAGACCAGUGAUCUAACGCAUCAGUUCGACAACAGCCAAGGUCUCCCUUCGGAUGACUUAAGUGACAUGAAUGCAACAUCAACUGCUAGCGUUCUUGAACCAUCCGACGAUCCUAGUUUGAGCUCAAUUAAGCAAAAUAUCGACGACAUAGUGGCUGAAGCAGAAAGACACGUUAACGAAAACAUAUCGCAGCAGGAAGACACAAUCAGUGAUGUUUUAGAUGAAUUCGAUCGUCAGUUGGAGACUAAGGUGGCCGAUGUUACGAAAGAAAUUCACGAACAAAAGGUCAAAUUCAGUGACGAGCCAGAAACUCUGUCAGCAAUUACCAAGAAUUUCAUCGAAAUGGAAUCGACACCGCAUGAGACCAGCACGACAACGACAACAACCACUACCACCGAAAGUCGCAUCCCAGUUUCGUCGAAGACUUCAACGCCAAUCAAAGUCAAGACAAUAAAAAAGCAUUCGAAAGUCAACCGAGAUAUCGUCAAACCACCGCAACCGAUUCGGCCAGCUGUCAAUGACAUAGAAUGGGAUGUCCCGUCCGGAACUGGAAAGGACGAUGACGAACAAAUAACUGAGAUUUCCACAUUGAAUUUGGAAGAUGUUGGACAAAAUGAGAAUGAAUCGUUCGCACCGGUCAUCAUAUCGCCAAGCGAUGAUUACAGCGGUGAAAUCGAUGAAGUCAUUUUGGUGCAAACAGCUGACGAUGAUCUGCUGGACAGUGAGAGUGGUGAUAAGAGUGACGAAAAUGAGUCUCACUUUGUGUCAACCAAAACGACCACUCAAACGAUUGUCGGUGACAACGGUGAACAGUACACCAUUACGACCACCGAGGAGAAAUUCUCUCAUGGCGACGAAAAUCGGCAACAAAUACCCGAAAUCGUCGUGCGCCAGCAUUUACAGCAGGAAUCGCAACCGAUAUCCAGUGAGGAUUUGCCAACAAUGUCCUUGAGUUUGAACAGCGAAUCGGACAGUGAGAGUCAUUAUGGUCGGGAUGGUGCAACCGGUGAUAGCAAAAAAUCGGUAAAUCCUAAUGCGUCGCCGAUACGCGGUGUUGGCGAUAAAACAUUUGGUUCGUCAAGCGGUUCGGAUGUUGCAUUACAUGAACCGGGUGCAGAAUCGAGUGACGAUGAUCCAGGUGCAUUCGCUAAAGCUGGUGCUGAUGAAUUGAAUAUGCGCAGCCAAACUGACUUCAACUACCAAAGUUCCGAACAUCCUGCAACAUUUACCCAUCAAACAGUUGAAGAAUUCAAGGACCCACAAAACAAUGCAACCGUUAGAACAGUCACUACCACAACAACGGUAACAACAUCCGAGCACAAUGUAACUGAUCCAUCUGAGCUAGCCGAUGCGUUAACACAACGAUCUUCGCAACAGAAACAAAUCGAAUUAAACGACGAAACGACCAACAACGAUCAUGAACUGCGCGAAACAAUGCAACAAAUUGUCGAUCAAUUUAUGCAAGAAGAACGAAGACAACCGUAAGGGAAUGGUUGUGCGCGAACAAAUCUCACCAUUUUUGUCCGACCCGUACGAAGUUAUUGAAUUUUCCUGUUUUUUUUUUUUUUGCUUUUCAAAUGUUUCGUUAUGAACGUGAGUGUGGUGGGUAUGAGUUUUCUUAAGACUAUGGUAAGUCUGGCAAAAAUCGCUUACAUUGGCACGUGGACAAAUUAAUUUCUUCGGAAAUGCGUGUCCGUGCGUUUCGAUAUUUUCGAAACUUAUUUAAUCGGUCCAAAUGACCUUAGCCUUAGUACUUCGGUUAUUUCCCUUACAUCUCAAAUUUUCCUUCGCGGCAGAGCCUUUUAUUUCUUAAAUUAUUUUUUGUCAAUUUUGUUGUUUGUUAAAUCGCUUUAAAACGGUUAAUCAUCUGUUAUCGACAGCAACGACAAAAGAUGGCAAUGAUUAUAUCGUUUACCGCUUCUAGAGUGUUAAAUGUCCUCUAAUUGUCAGAUACGAAUUCGCUUCUGGAAGCCGAAGGUAAUAGUUUGUAUAUGAAGCAAACGUUUAUUUAACCAGUCUCUUAGAAGACAUGUUCAUUAAUCUACUAUUAAUCGCCGACGUGAUCAAUAUUAUGUAAAAAUCUUUCGUACGGGUCCACGGUAUACACAAUGUAAAGCUGUAAAGUUGUCGCGGCGGUUUUUUCUUUCAUUUUUUUUCUUUCUCUUUUUUAAAUUGAUUAUUUUGUCGUUAAGUGUGUUUGUUUUCAAUUGCGUGUGUGUAAUUUCUUUGUUUUAUUUUAUUUUGUUAUCUGAUAAUGUUUCAUAGAAACGAAUCACAAUUUUUAAUGGAAAAAAAUAAUUAUUUUUUAUCGAAUUAUAACUACUACUACGUUUAAGUGCCCAGUAAUUUUAUGAAAGUUUUUUUUUUUGUUUUAAUUUUUUUCUUAAAAAAUAAAAUUUAGAAAAAAAUAAAAUUUUAAUGAAAAAAACAAACAAAAAGAAAUCAUUUUGUUGUCGCACAUAAUAAAUAGCGU